AUGUGCGCGGAAGACGUUGAGAAGCUUGUGAAUGACCGACUUCGAGACUUGAAGAUUGGCGGGAACCUCAAGGAUGCACUACGUAAGGAGAUGGACCAGGCGAUCUCUACUCCUUUCACCCCUGAAAUCGAGCAGGCUGCUCCCCCGAAGCGAUUCUCAACACCUUCGUUUACGCAUUUCAAGGGAGAUUCUGAUCCCGAGAGCCACCUAAAACACUUCAAAAGUGUCAUGAUCCUCCACAAGGCCGACGACGCACUGAUGUGCAAGGCGUUUGCAAUGACCUUGCGAGGAGCAGCUCAGGACUGGUUCCACACCCUGCCAUCUGGGUCGAUCAACAGUUUCAAGGAGCUUGCCUAUGUCUUCACUAAAGAAUACACUUCUUAUCGGACGAUCAAGAAGAACCCAGAUCAUCUGUUCAACCUGCGCAAGAAGCCCGACGAAUCCAUUCGAGAUUACAUCAAGAGGUUCAAAGCAGAAAAGGCCAACAUCGUAGGGUGCGACGACCAAAUCGCAUCAUCUGCCUUCAAGAAAGGUCUUCCAGCAAAACACGAGUUAUACCGCGAGCUGACUAUCACUCCCAGCCAGACUUUAGCAGAGGUCUUCGCGACCGCAGAACGCUACGCGCUCUGGGAUUACGAUCGAAUUGCCGCAAAGAAGUACACUGAGCAGGGAGAUUGGCCGACCAAGCGGGCGGGCCAAAGAAGCGAUGGAUUUAGCAACAAGAAUAAGGACAAGCGCAGGUCACACCCACAAGGGGACGCUAAGGCAGGAGAGAACUACACCAAGUUCACCAUCCCUAUACAUCAAAUCCUAGCCCAAGUGAAAAACAAACCUUGGGUAAGAAGACCGCCACCCUUGAAAGGAGAUCCAGACAGGAGGGAUACUAGCAAAUACUGUGCCUUCCAUGGGACGCAUGGACACACUACGAACAACUACUUCGCUUGGAAAGCACACCUCGAAGAACUCGUGAGGGAAGGUCACUGCACGGAAUUCAUCGCUAAGCAGGCCAUCCAGCAGAUAGAGGACCGCGACACCACCAAGGAGCCGCCCCAAAAGGUCAUAAGGAUUAACACAAUCCUAGCCGACUUCGAGGAAUCUGGGCUGACCAGCAAGGAAAAAAAAAGGAAGAUCAAACAAGCCACUAUGAUCUCCCAAGUCUCAAACGACCUUCCGCUAGCAGAAGACGAUCCUGUAAUCGGCUUCCAAAAGAAAGAUCUAAUUGGCCUUGAUCUACCACACAAUGACGCUCUUGUCAUCAGCACUCAAAUCGCUCAGGCCAUGGUCGACCGAAUCCAUGCAGACGAGGGCAGUGCAGCCAACAUCCUACAAUUGACAGUUAUCCAACAGAUGGGCUUAGAGGCAAAGAUCAAUAAAUCAGCCAAGUCGCUGACUGGCUUCAAUGGAGCAACAACAGUUACCGUAGGCACAAUAUAG